CCCCGCCCCCGCCCCCGCACCGGCGCCCAGGCAGAAAGCGCCCGUCCAGUUCCGCUGUGAGCUGGGAGCCGUCUGGAUGGAGAACUGCAACGAGUGCCGCUGCCAGAGCAACAAUCACGUGGUGUGCGCCCACCUGGCCUGCCUGCGUAACGCGCCGGCCCGACCAGUGGCCGAGACGGCCGCCGCCGGCGCCGACCCCGCCCCGGGCGCCGCCGCUCUGACCCCUGUCAGCCAGAGCCGCGACCCGGCCUGCUACCAGGGCAGCUGUCCGAACGAGUGUGACAGCAGGCUGGACGAGAGCGGCUGUCAUGUCUGCCACUGCAGCAAAAAGAUCGGGGAGGUGACAGCCAUGAUGGCGCCCCCGCCCGGUAAGAAGCGACGCUGGGGCUUCCUGACAGUAGCGAGGGGUCUGAGGAAUACCCGACCCUGAGCGGCGGCAGGGUCGGAGGACGGCAGGGCGAGAGGAACGCGAGGAACCGGAGGAACUGGGAACAUCGAGGAACUGCAGGAACGGGGCAAGGAGGCUGAGGAAGGUGCAACCGAGAGCCUGGAGGAAAGGGAGGACAUGGAGAGUGCUGGCAAUGCGAGGAACGGAAAAACGAGACGGCCGAGGGGAACAGCGAAUAUGUACUGUAAUGAACACGAGGAAUGGGAAAAAGGAAGAAUGAACGAUAAAGCAAGAUCUGUGAUGAGCACAGGAAUGUUGGAGAAGCGUUGAUUGAUAGAACGCGAAGAAUGGGGAACGCGGGACCCAUAAAACUCAAACAGUGAAUGAGAUGAACAAC